AUGGUGCUGGACACCGGCAGCGACGUGGUCUGGCUGCAGUGUGCGCCGUGCCGGACGUGCUACGACCAGUCGGGCCCGGUGUUCGACUCGCGGCGCUCCAGCUCGUACGGCGCCGUCGACUGCGCCGCGCCGCUGUGCCGCAGGCUGGACUCGGGGGGAUGCGACCUGCGCCGCAGGGCGUGCCUGUACCAGGUGGCCUACGGCGACGGCUCCGUGACGGCGGGCGACUUCGCAACCGAGACGCUCACCUUCGCGGGGGGUGCUCGCGUGGCGCGCGUCGCGCUCGGGUGUGGCCACGACAACGAGGGCCUGUUCGUGGCCGCGGCGGGGCUGCUGGGUCUGGGCCGCGGCAGCCUGUCGUUCCCGACCCAGAUCUCCCGCCGCUACGGCCGGAGCUUCUCCUACUGCCUCGUCGACCGCACCUCGUCCUCGUCGUCGUCGUCGUCCAGCGCUGCGUCGGGCUCCCGCUCCUCCACCGUCACCUUCGGCCCGGGCUCCGCCGCGUCGGCGUCCUUCACCCCGAUGGUCCGCAACCCGCGCAUGGAGACGUUCUACUACGUGCAGCUCGUGGGCAUCAGCGUGGGCGGCGCGCGCGUCCCCGGCGUGGCCGAGUCCGACCUCCGCCUGGACCCGUCCACGGGCCGCGGCGGCGUCAUCGUGGACUCGGGCACCUCGGUCACUCGCCUCGCUCGCCCGUCCUACUCCGCGCUCCGCGACGCGUUCCGCGCCGCCGCGGCGGGGCUCCGCCUCUCCCCCGGCGGGUUCUCCCUGUUCGACACGUGCUACGACCUGGGCGGGCGCAAGGUGGUGAAGGUGCCCACCGUGUCGAUGCACUUCGCGGGCGGCGCCGAGGCGGCGCUGCCCCCCGAGAACUACCUCAUCCCCGUGGACUCCAGGGGCACCUUCUGCUUCGCGUUCGCGGGCACCGACGGCGGGGUGUCCAUCAUCGGCAACAUCCAGCAGCAGGGGUUCCGCGUGGUGUUCGACGGCGACGGCCAGCGCGUCGGGUUCGCGCCCAAGGGCUGCUAA